UUUGCACAUUUCAAAGAAACCAUGGAAAAUGCCACAGAAGCCAAAAUAAGUUUGAAGCUUUUUUGGGACACAAAUGCUGACAAACUUGUUUUUGCUGAAGCUGGCAAAGAUUUUGUAGAUUUUCUCUUCCAUCUUCUUUCUCUGCCACUUGCGACUGUCACUAGGAUUUUAAAAGAAGACAUGGUGGGUUCACUGGGAAAACUCUAUGAGACAAUUGAAAAUCUUAGUGAAUCCUACUUGCAACCAAACCAAAACAAGAAUGCACUGCUAAAUCCCCGAGCCCCAAUAUGUGCCACUGAAAUCCCUCUUAUGCUUUCUGAUUAUGAACUGCAUAAUCGAAAAUCAUACGUAUGUUCUAAUUGUAACUCAUUUGUGGCUGAUGUUCCAAACUUGCUAUGUCCUCGGUGCAAGCAAAAAAUGUCCUCUGCCGUGUCUUAUGUUCCUCCAUCACCUGCAAACACAGGAUUUCCUGUCGACAGAGGAUUUAUAAAAGGUUCAGUGAGUUUCAUUGUGAUGGAUAAUUUGGAGUUUAUGCCCAUGUCUACCAAAAAUUUGCUUCCUUUGCUCCGAAAGUUUAAUCUCAAGGAAAGUCAUGAACUUGAAGAGAUGGACCUUAAGUUGGACUCGCGUCAGGUUAUGCGGCUGCUGAAGUUAUCUUUGGAAAGCAAGACAGUUUUUACAAGUUAUUACCAGCUCCUUCUUUCAGAAGCAUUAAAGAAUGCCUGCAACCCAAUGUGAAUCCUAGAAGGUCAAGUUAUGUAUUGAAAGUCAUGCAUUUGUUAGCAAUCAUAUAUUAGAAAACUAUGGAUUAGUAUUCUGUGGUAAGCAGCUGGAGCCUGAGCUAUGAAUUCUUAUUUCCUGAAAUUGAAUGAAUCACAUUAUUGUUGCCUUGGUUACAUUCUCCAAAAGUU